UUCGGAUAUUGAGAAUAUUUGUGGUGAGAUUUCUUAUAAUGAUCCUAAUAAGGAUUUCGAAAUCCUUGAUGAUGUCAGUAUUAAAAAUAAUUCUGAAAGUUUUAAACAAUUAACUACACCUUUGUUAUCAUCUGCAUAUAAUACAAGUAAUAGAAGCGAUAUAUAUAAUAAUUUAUAUGAUCUUUAUUUUGAUAAAACAGCUAUUAAGAUGGCCAAAAAAUAUGCUAAUUUAAUAUCACAAGCAACACAAGAGCAAAUAGAAGAAGAAAGUGAUAGUCAUCAAGAAAGUGAAUUAAAUAUCGAACUUAGUUCUUCAAAAAUUAAAUAUAUAAAUCAAGCAUACAUUAUAAUAGAUAAAUUAGAUGGAAAACUACAACGAUGUUCGCAUAAUGUAUCUAAGCCAUUAAGGCAACUUGGUGGAGGUGCUGUUCUUCCAUUCGAUUGUAUAGAUCAACAUAAUAAUAAUUCAGCAAAAUCACUUCAAUUUAUAGCAAAGUGGGUAAAUGAUAUGUUUAAAUCUGUAGAAAGAGAUAUUCAGUAUCUUCUUCUUUAUGAAAUUUUUAAAGGAAUUAUGGUAUUUUUUGAGAAAUUAAACCUUAUUCAAUCGAAGAAUCAUGAAGAAAUUAAUGAUAAAGAAUCAGAUAACAAUAUGACUAGAGACAACAAAAAUGAUAUAUCCAAAAAACAAAGUUGA